CCACUUGGGCAGGUUCAAUCGUUCUUCAACCAUCAUCCAGACUCUACUUGCAAUACAACCACAUUUUGAACCACUUGAUUACCAGGAUCACUCAACACAGUAUUUCGAUCUCCCUCGGACGACAAAGGACUAAUGGCGCUUUGAAGUUGUUUUUGGUCAUGCUGCUGAAAAUUUAACUUCAAACAUGCCUCCUCAGCGGCAUCUCCCUCCAUCCACGCAACCAAGAGUUCGUCAACGCAGCGCAAGAGCUUGCGGUCCAUGCCGACGACGAAAGAUCAAAUGUGAUGGUACAGAGCCAUGUGCUGCUUGUGCUGUAUAUGGGUAUGACUGUGUCUUUAAUGAUACUCCACGUCGAAAGCCCGCGGCAAAGUCGCCGGACCGUCCGGUUGCAACCACUGAGGUUGCCAAUCCAAUAUUGCCGGGCACUGCAAUCACGCUGGGAGAACCUCUGAAAAACAAUGAGCUUUUCAUUGCCUCGGAGAGUAUUCUGGAACCCUCUAAUACCGACCCGCUGCUGUUGCGAGCACUCAAGACAAGAUUCACCACCAUCCAUAGUGCAAUCGCAGUCCCAAGAAAAUUAGGCAUGACACUUGGUUUACAACCUCUUCCUCGAUUGCAAUCGUUCGGCUGGAAUCCAGGAAUACGGCCUGAGCCUCAUGUAACCCCCAAAAUCGGUUUAUGCGACAUUAUUUCAGUAGAUCAGAUGAGAUAUUAUUCAGAUAUCUACUUCAACGAGGUUCAUCCUUACUUUGGUAUAUUGGAUAAAGACCUUUACACUAUGCGAUCAAAAGAGUUUUGGCUUGUUGGGAGAAAAGGCAUCGACUUCGAAGCAUGCAUUUGUGGAGUUGUCGCUUUGGGUUCUUACUUUUCUUCUGAGCCAUUGUCUACGGAAGCAGAAGUCGUUGAGCAAGGACGGUACUUGCUGGACUUCAGUAUUGCACACGCACCUGCCCAGCUUUCCAUAAAGCACGUUCUUGCUUGGAUACUGAGAGCUAUCUAUCUACGCUCCACCACGAGACCACAUCUUUCAUGGCUUGCUUCAUGCAAUGCAAUGCAUUUGGCAGAAGCUAUUGGGCUUCAUCGGGAAAUCAGUGAAAGCCAAGUUCCAUGCGAGCGCCUUGGCAACCACCGACCCGUCGAGCCUUUAGAGGUGGAUCUUCGACGAAGGACAUUCUGGGUGGCUGUCGCUCUCAACCAGCUUUUAUGCUCCGAGUAUGGCCGUACCAAAAUUACAAUCGAUAUGAUCAGUUGUAAACCUCUACAACCUGUACCUGGAGAUUUUACACUAGAUGUUGUCAACAUCAUGACUUCCGUGCCACGAUCUCAAGAUUUCACGACUGCGAACAUCGCUGAACUGGUCGACUCGCUUCGAAUGGCCUGCGAGAUGCCAGCCAAGAGCGCUUUUCUUGGACUUUUGAAAGCUGAUGCAUGUUUCUGCAUAUACCGAAUGCUGCGAUGCACGAAUAUUAUUCUACCUUCUUGUCGAGUAACUCCUUUACUGGAGGUUAUUCGUGUUGCAUUAGAUGGAGUAAAGUUCCUCUGCUCUAUGCGACAAGCUUGGUGGAAUCUUAUCGGCACACCAUUUCACUGCGUUUGUGUUCUGUUAGCCCUUGGUACACCAGCGAGUUUGGAAAUGGUCCCAAAAACUCUGGAGACUCUGAAAGCUGCUACGGAUUUAUAUAACUCGCAUCUCUCAGAUGAGACUCUGAGAACAGCAUACGCCCUUGUUCAGGGUGCAAGAGACAAGAGGAAGCAAGAAAUUGAAAAUUUGGAUCGUGGCCUCGAAAAUGUGGGAGAGUUGCCUUCUGCAACCAACGGUGAACUGGACAGCGUUGGCUUCUUUGAAAGUCCAAUGAACGGGGACAUGGGCGGAUUCAUGGACUUCGUUGAUAUAGUCAACUUCUAUGGCCCCGAGGUGGACGCCUUUAUGCUUACAUAGAGCUAUACAAGUCACCAAUCUCAUUGUCAUCAUGGCCCUGGAUUUCCGCGAUACUGUAGAAUUACUCAUCGCGUAGGACGUUCCGUCCGGGAGCCGCCGUCCGGUCCGUCCUUUCCGAACGUCCAACUCUAACCAAAAGGACUUGGUUGAUCAUCCCCGCGGCUUUUUCUUACGACGGAAUGGACGGGAAUUGUGAUAAACCCGAUAAUGUCUGGGGUUCACCUGCGGUCUAGAGGCACGCUUCGACGUGUCGGUGACUAACAGUUGAUCGACAUCAUUUCUUUCUUCGCCAACAAUGGUGUAUAUGUACUUUCCGGCAGGAACUUUCCUUAUUCAACUUAUCUUCAUUUGCUUUGACUGAGAACUUCACCACUGGGAUUGUUUUUGGUCCAAUUUUCUCCUCACUUUGCCCAGCUUAAAGGCCAAACCGCAAUACACUUUCCGCUCGGAGACAAUAACUGUCAAACAUGUCAAGCAGU